UCUCUCUGACCCUGCACCGGGCGCUAAACCCCGCUGGCCACGCCCACCGUGACCUGAAUGCCUCACGAGCCUUUCAUUUCUACUCUGAUUGGCUACUGUAACACCUGGGUGUGCGGGCUGAUUGGUUGCGCGGUUUGCUAGGCAUUCUGGUGCCCUGUCACAUCCUGGGUGCAGGCCGCCAUGUCUGUUGUCAGUCUACGUGAUAGAAUCCGGAAAGAUGAGGGAAGACGGGAUAAGUACUCGGUGCUGCUGCCCACCUAUAACGAGAGGGAGAAUCUGCCGCUGAUCGUGUGGCUGCUGGUGAAAUACUUUGGAGAGAGUGGGUAUAAUUAUGAGAUCAUCAUAAUCGAUGACGGAAGCCCAGAUGGGACAUUGGAAGUGGCAAAGCAACUGAGGAAAAUCUAUGGCUCGGAUAAGAUUCUGCUCAGGCCAAGAGAAAAGAAGCUGGGGUUAGGAACGGCGUACAUUCAUGGCAUGCAGCACGCCUCAGGAAACUUCAUCAUCAUCAUGGAUGCUGACCUCUCACAUCAUCCUAAAUUCAUCCCAGAGUUCAUCAAUAAACAGAAAGAAGGCAACUUUGACAUCGUGUCUGGGACUCGAUACAUUGGAAAUGGAGGAGUUUAUGGCUGGGACUUGAAGAGGAAGCUCAUCAGCCGUGGGGCGAAUUUCCUAACUCAGGUCUUGUUGCGCCCAGGAGCCUCUGAUUUGACUGGAAGUUUUAGGCUUUAUAAGAAAGAAGUUCUGCAGAAGCUGGUGGACCACUGUGUCUCUAAAGGUUACGUAUUCCAGAUGGAGAUGAUCGUUCGAGCUCGGCAGUUUAAGUACACGAUCGGAGAGGUGCCAAUUUCAUUUGUGGAUCGUGUCUAUGGAGAAUCCAAGCUUGGGGGAAAUGAAAUUGUCUCCUUCUUAAAGGGGUUGUUAACGUUAUUUGCCACCACAUGAGUCCAGCCAGAAGAUGUCUUCUACCACCAUCCGCAUCACACAUCUUUCUGCUUUCAUCAUUUUCAUAGAGGAAAAGAGACUAACAGAGGAAUAAAUGUAAUAUUUUGUAUAUAUAUAUAUAUAAAAGGAAACUUGUUUCUA